AUGGCAAGAACCAAACAGACCGCCCGUAAGUCCACCGGUGGCAAAGCUCCGAGGAAGCAGCUGGCUACCAAGGCUGCUCGUAAGAGCGCCCCGGCUACCGGCGGCGUCAAGAAGCCUCACCGUUACAGGCCCGGCACCGUGGCUCUCAGGGAGAUCCGCCGUUACCAGAAAUCCACAGAGCUGCUGAUCCGCAAGCUGCCCUUCCAGCGCCUGGUGCGGGAGAUCGCUCAGGACUUCAAGACCGAUCUCCGCUUCCAGAGCUCUGCCGUCAUGGCCCUGCAGGAGGCUAGCGAGGCGUACUUGGUGGGUCUGUUCGAGGACACUAACCUGUGCGCCAUCCACGCCAAGAGAGUCACCAUCAUGCCUAAAGAUAUCCAGCUGGCCCGCCGUAUCAGAGGAGAGCGCGCUUAAAUUCAACGGAGCGCUGCCAGGUUUCCCCCCAAACACCCC